UUUACUAAAGCAAACUGAUGAAUUAAAAUUACUGUCAUAGACAUCAUAUUUCAAAAUGCGCUGGCGUUUGGGAUGUUUAUUAUUCGUGUGCUGAAUAAACUUAAAGUCGACUGAGAAACAACAAAUUCUAUCAACGUUUCGGCAGUUUUCGCAUUCCUGUCCUUGUGUGCUGCAGAAAUAGGAGUUUAUAUUGUGUGAAUAGAUCAACAUAGAACAAGAACAUCAUAUUCUGGGCAUUAUGGAAGAUAUUAAGCAGAGAGAAGAAGACAUUGACUUCACAAUCCUUGCUAAACAAAUUGACUCAAUAAUAGAUCCAUACUUUGGUACAAUUCUAAAGGGAAUAGAAAGACUGAACAUGUUUAUCCGUGAAAUAUUUGGAAAUGAAGAACUUAUUCCUGUGGGAAGUUGCAUUGAUGGUUCAAAAGUUUCCGUACCCGGCGAUUGCGGCGAUAUGGACGUUUUGAUGCUUUCCAACAAGAUAAUUUUGAAAGAAUAUCUAUUUGAUUACGACAAAGCAUUCCCAGCAUUUCUGCAUAUAAGAGUUAACAAUGAACACCAGAAGUACUUCCAAACCGUGAAUGAUCCGAUCGAGGGAGUGUACCUUCCAGCAGCAGUUCUUAAAGUACUUCUUGAAAAAUUUUCCAGGUUUUCAAAAGUUUUACUGAUGUACGAUACACAGGAUGUCCUGUCCGAUGACGGAAAGUUCUUAAAAGUAACAAGAUCGACAUCAGUAGGAAAAGAACAGAUGCAAUUAUAUCCGUUUGGACAAAAUGCUUUUGAUUCUAGUGGUAAACCCGAUACAUUAAAAUUUAAAUUGGCAAGAAUUGAAAAAAAUGCCAAAUUCAUGCUUGGUGGAAUGAUCAAUCUACCAAAACAAAUUGAGAGAUCACAUGCUGAAGAUGAAUCAUCUUCGUUUGACACUAACAACAGACCAUCGUUAACUGACUAUGACAACACCUCACUGUUAGAGAUGUUAAAUAAAAUUCUUGACAUAGGCGAAGGCAAAGAAACAGAUGAUGGUGAAACAAGAAAUAUUCCGGAUAGGAAUAGAGACCGUCAGAAUGAUGUUACCAAUGAUGGAAAAGGUAAUUCGAUGCAAGGUACCACAUACCUUGAUAAAAGAGACAACAAAACGCCACGAGAUACUUUUUUAGCUGAAUCAUUGUGUGCAAAUGCAUACAAGAAAAAAAUCGCACGAGAUUAUCCAGCAACAAAAACAAAACAAAAUGACUCAAAUUCUAAAUUAGACGUUAUGAAUAAAAACGAAAACUUCUUGAGUUCAGAUCCCGGGGAAGUAAAAGAAAGUUGGUCUGUAGGUGCAUGUAUUAAAAAGACAACUAAAUAUGAAAAAGCAGAUGAAGAAAUGGCGUUCUCAAAAUUAAGGUCGAUAGACUUCGUCCCAGCAUUUAAAUUUGAAGGAUGGCCACGGGUAGCAGUUGAGUGGUUGACUCGUUCGAGAAAAUGGCCUUCGAAAGUAAUUCUGAAAAAUAUUCUAGAAUCAGGAUGUCAGGUCGUAGCAAAACGACCUUUAGCCUUGUAUAGUAAACCGGUAGUCGAAGAGAGAGACCCGUAUUUCAGGCUGUCUUUUGCCCUAUCUGAAAUAAUACUCGCAAAUAGCAUGAAAGAGCAACAGUUAUUGUGCUGGCGAGUAUUAAAAGCUUACCAGAAAUGUUUUCUUGAGACUAAACCAAAAUGUCUUACAUCAUAUCAUUGGAAAAACGUUAUGUUUUGGGUGAAUGAAGAUUUAGACGAAUCAUUCUGGACAAAUGAAAAUGUACCGGUUGCGGUGCUUAAAUGCUUAGACUUUAUGACAGAUUGUCUACAAAAGCGAAACCUGCCAUUUUAUUUUGUCAGAAGAAUGAAUCUUCUCAAUGGCUGUGAUGAAACGUUAUUCGAUGUCUUGAGAGAACAAGUCGAAUUGAUCCGCAGAGAGCCAUUGGCAUUUUUGAAAAGAUUCAUGUCAAAACCUCCAAAAUCUGAAACACAUUUUAUUGAUAUUGAAAAGGUUGAAGACAUACUAAGUGAAGAGACAAAAGCAAAGAAUAUCGACAGAAAUUCAGAGGAAAGGAUAAAUUGUAUAUUUUAUGAUUUAAUAUAUGAAAAUUUCAUCAAACGACAUGGAGAAGAUAAAACUGCAAUUCAAAAGAUUGAUAACUUCUGUACGCACUUACUGAAAAUAGGUCGGUCUGUAGUAGAUGACACGUCAUCAUAUGAUUAUAAAGACGUUAAAGAUUCAAACAGUUUGCAAGCGAAAAUGUUUCUAGAUACAUGUGAACAGCUAAUUGAAUCAAUGAAAAAUGGGGAUGAAGAAGCAAUAUCUGUAUUAUAUCAUGACUUGUUCCAAAAAGUGCUUAACACUGAAAAUGGUUCCGAUUUCGAAAAACGUGCUUCCCAAAGAUUAGAAAAUUUUUUUAGCAGUGUAUUACCAAUUCGUAAAAUAUCGCAAGAAAACGAAGGAUCCUCAGGAAACACAUCAGAUAGUUUAUCCAGUUUACACGAAAUUGUAAAACUUAUACAGAAAGAAUUCGAGUCAAAGUACAAAGCAUGCGAUGAAUCUGACGGAAAAGAUGACAGAGGGGCAAAUGGAAUAUUUUCAGUUGUCGUAAGUUCCUUUGAUAAAUUCAUCGAAGGAAUACAGAAUAGUAUCAAAAAUGAAGACAAAAAAUUCAGACCAGCUGAUGAGAUAAAAAAGAUUUUCAAUGAAGCUUCACAGAAAAUUGGAGAGAUGGUAGGAAAAGAAGACAAGAGAGAGAAAAAAACCGAAAUGGAUAUAGAUCUAGAUUAAACCAUUAAACUUUACUAUGAAGUCAUAGAUAUUCGAGGGGGAUAACGUGAUUGCGUCAAUCUACAAAAUGAAACCCCAACGAAAGACACCCUUUUAUUUCAUCUCCAAAAGAUAGCCCUUAUCCUGCUUAAUUUCUAUAAUGAACUUGUCCAUCUUUCGAAUUGGACAGUACCAUUAACUGUUAAAAGUAAUGCUUACCAAAAAGAUACUGACUGAAUGGCAAACAGUGCUGAUCUUGAUCAGACUGCACGGAUGUGCAGGCUGAUCAUGAUCUACACUGGUCGCAAAGGCAGAAUCAAGAGUGUCUAUCAUGAUAAGGGUUAAAAUGCACAAAUACAAUACCCAACAUUUGUUUUUCAUUUUAAAAUAAUAUCAUCAACAUGUUUCGAUAAUCUUCUUUUAAAAGGCUUUUGAACUAUUAUUAUCAGCAUAUGUAAAAUGUCAAGUAACUUAUCAAAAUUACUUUGAUCUCUAACAUAAUUUGUUUUCAUAUGCUCGACAUGUUUUACUUCAGAUUUAUAAAUUCUAAGUUUUUGAUCACUUAAACUACAUUUUAACUGGCCUGAAUGAGAAGAAUGAAUAACUUAUGUUGUAAGUUUGAGACAUAUUUUGUUUAGUGUUGACCAACAUGGAGCUUUUUUGAUAUAGCAAUUGACGUAAUAUCAUUGUAAUUUUUGAAGAUAACGUCAUUUAUUUUAUGCUAACUAAUGAAAUACUGUAUUCUAUCAGUUAAAUAUUUUUAUAUAUCAUCACUCACACUGUGAAAAUAUGAAAUCUAUAUUUUCACACUGUGAGAGAUAUAGCUCCGCCCCCUCAUACAUGAUUGUGUAUGAAUCUUAAAUUAUUUGCUUAAAACAGGAUGAAAAUUGUAGUCGCACUUUGUACUUUAUAGUAUAUUUCUCGAUUCAAAUUAUUUUACUUAAUGAGAAUUUCAUAACGUUAUGCAGCAAAAAAUAAAAUGAAAUGGAACUUUAUGUUGUGUGCGUCUUUCUAACGUUACAACAGGUCUGACGUCAUGUCUGUUUAUGCACGUCUGUUUCCCGCGCUGAGAUUAAAAUUGUUGCAAAAUGCACAUCUCAACGUAAUUGGGCAUAAAAGAUAAGGUAAGGAUUACACGCUGAUGUCUAAAGUUUGAUGCUGGCAGUUUGAUACUAAAACUCACAUCUAGCCUGAGAGAUAACAUGUUUGGCUAACUGUUCCAAAUUACAUGUAGAUGAAGUAAAUAAAUAUCUUAACCUACGCCUAAGAGCUGUAUUUAUAUAAUCAUUAGAGUUAGUUUCAUAUAUCUUUCAAUUCUUUAUAUAACAAACGUUUAUCUGUCUUAUUUAUUAUUGUUCGUUUUAUAAUGAUUCUCUUUGUAUGUUUAUAUUAUUAUUGAAAUAACUA